GCCAGGCGCGAGCAAUCGGCCGCCGAACAGCGGGAGGGGCGGAGCCUGCUUCUCCAGUGGCGCCGCGCACCUGGGCGCUGGGCGCACCUGAGGCGGCUGCGGGUUGCUGUGCGGAAGAAGUCCCUGAACAGAGAACUUGUUAUAGGAGUUCACAGAAAAUACUGAAAUGUCAGGCUCCACAGCAUUUAAGAUGAGACUAGUUCAUUUGGACUUUAAAGGAGCUCCACCAAAGGUUUCAUACCUUUCAGAGAUCUUUCCUCUGUUCCGCGCUCUGGGUGCGAAUGGCCUCCUCAUUGAAUAUGAAGACAUGUUUCCCUACGAGGGCCACCUGAGCCUGCUGAGGGCCUCGAACGCAUACAGCCCCUCCGAAGUCACAGAAAUCCUGCGUCUGGCCAAGCUCAGUGAGCUGGAGGUCGUUCCCUUGGUGCAGACGUUUGGACACAUGGAGUUCGUGCUGAAGCACUCGGUGUUCUCACAUCUCCGGGAAGUGGCUCUCUUUCCCAACACCCUGAACCCUCACGAGGCAGAGUCCCUGGCACUGGUGAGCGCCAUGAUCGACCAGGUCCUAGGGCUGCAUGAAGGCGCCCGCUGGCUCCACAUCGGGUGUGAUGAGGUCUACUACCUGGGUGAAGGGGAGGCCUCUAAACGAUGGCUGCGGCAGGAGCAAAACAGCCAGGCCAAGCUGUGUCUGUCCCACAUCUGGGCGGUGGCCAGCCACGUGCUGAGCCUGCACCCCAGCACAACGCCCCUGGUGUGGGAUGACAUGCUGCGGGACAUUCCCCAGGACCAGCUCGCAGCAUCCGGGGUGCCGCAGCUGGUGGAGCCCGUGCUCUGGGACUACAGUGCCGACCUGGAUGUCCACGGCAAGGUCCUCCUGAUGGAAAAGUACCGGGAGAGCGGCUUUCCGCGGCUGUGGGCAGCCAGCGCCUUCAAGGGGGCCACGGGGGCCAGCCAGGCCCUGCCUCCUGUCCAGCACCACCUCAGGAACCAUGCACAGUGGCUACAGGUGGUGGGCAGUGGGCCGGCGGACACACUGCAGGGCAUCAUCCUGACCGGCUGGCAGAGGUAUGACCACUUCUCCGUGCUCUGUGAGCUGCUGCCUGUGGGCAUCCCGUCCCUGGCUGCCUGUCUGCAGUUGCUGCUCUGUGGAGGAUUUGCUGAGGACGCGAAAGGGAGAGUAGAGAACCUCCUCGGAGUUUCAAGCCCAGAAGCAGGGGACACUGUGAGUGAGGGAGUCGGCUCUUUCCCUGGCAGCGACAUUCAUGCUCUCGUCACCCAAGUCAGCCUCCACCUGUGCAGCUCCGUGGAUGCACUGCUGGAGAGGAACAGGUAUGUGACUGGCUGGUUCAGCCCCUACCACCGCAGGCGGAAGCUCAUCCACCCGGUCAUGCUGCAGCACAUCCAGCCCGAGGCACUCAGCCUCCUGGGCAGGUGGGGCAUGCUGGUCCAGCAGCUGGAGGCGGCUCUGCAGCGCAUCUUCUUCCCCGACGCUGUGGAGGAAUGGCUGGAGGAGAACGUGCACCCCAGCAUGCAGCGGCUACAGGGCCUGCUGCAGGACCUCGGGGAGGCCGCACCCCUGCCCCUGCCCCUGCCCUCAAGCCCUGGCAAGGACACAGGUCAGGACCCCUGAGGGGCUCCUUCCACAGCUGGGGGGCACAGGCUGAAGCGAGCUGCACACAGGCUGCAUCCGACAUGCUCGUCCUGCUCCACUGGGACAGUGUGGUGCAGGCAAAUCUGAGCACAGCAGGCAACACUAAAGGAAAAGGCACGUGGGACUGUUUACCAUGUGCAUGUGGAACUUUAUUAAUUCAUCUGAAAUAAAAACAGCACAGGCUUCAAGUCCCACUAAUGAAA